ACAAUCGACACGACAUCAAAUGAAAAUGGUUUGAUGAUAUAUAUAAAUAAUAAAGAUUUUAUUUUAUUUUUACGAAAAAAAGGCUUAUAAUUUUUCGUAAACAAGAAGAAAUCAUCAUCUCGAAGACAGUGCAAUACACUGUUGUUGUGAAUUUACAAUCAUUUUGAUUUGAUUUGUGAACAAUACAACUUUUUUGUUCGACGUUUAUAAAAUUCGAAUUUAUACAAACAUCAUCAUCAUGACUGUUGAAUCAUCGUUGUUGGAACCAAAUUUAUAUUCGGUCAAAGGAAUCGCCAUACUGGAUAAUGAUGGUAAUCGUAUUUUUGCCAAAUAUUAUAAUGAAACAUUCGGUUCGGUGAAAGAUCAGAAAACAUUUGAAAGAAAUUUAUUCAAUAAAACACAUCGUGCUAAUGGUGAAGUAAUAAUGUUGGAUGGUUUUACCUGUAUUUAUCGAAAUUCUGUCGAUCUUUUUUUCUACAUUAUGGGCAAUGCCAAUGAGAAUGGGUUAAUUUUGAAUAGUAUCAUGAAUUGCCUAUUUGAAUCAUUAUCACAUAUAUUGAAGAAAAAUGUUGAAAAGAAAACAUUACUGGAAAAUCUUGACAUGGUUAUAUUAGCAUUGGAUGAAAUUUGUGAUGGAGGAAUCUAUCUAGAAUCGGAUCCUAUAGCUAUUGUACAAAAAGUUACGGCAAAUAAAAUGGAUGAUCUACCAUUUAAUGAACAAACUGUUGCUCAAGUUUUACAAUCAGCACGUGAACAGAUUAAAUGGUCAUUAUUACGAUAAUUUUUCUACGAAUGAUAACUAUCAAAAUUAUGAGAAAAAAAAUGAUGAUGAUGAUGAUUUGACUUUCAUCCUUUUUAAUUCCAUUUUAUUGAAAUUGUUUCAAAUUACAUUCUCACUACUUCCAUCCACCUAUAGAAGAAUUCGAAUGAAUUUGUAAAAAAAAAGUUUUUUUUUCAAUAAAUAAAAAAAACGAUAACAAAUUAUCAAUGGUUAUUAACACUUUUUA